AUGAUCCAGGGAAAUGCCAGUGAAGAUUACUUUAUUAGUUUCAUUAUUGAACAUCAGAUUCCAAAGGUGUUUAUAGUUAUCAAGCAGGAGGUAGAUGAAGAUUCUCUAUUUGAGCUUUGGCAGGAGCCUAAUGAAGUGAUCAAGCCUGAAUUUGAUAAAAACACAACAUAUAUAGGAUAUGUUUCCUUUGGUUCAUUGAGACACACCGGAUUUUCGAAUUCAUUAUACACUAUGAUAUCAGUUUCCUUGGACAGCAGGUAUAUGAAUUCGUCAAAAGGUGAGAGUUAUGUUGGGGCCGAGCUUGUCCCUAGGAAAAGUAAAGGUGAUCAGCCACAAGCAACAAAAGUCGCAACAGAUUCCUCAGAAUAUUGGGAUGAGAAAGCUAGUAGUAUAAAGACAUUUAAGAUCAAACGUGAUUCAAAGUCUUCUAUCAAGAUUCUAUGGCGACCUUGGGACAAGUGGUUCUGA